AUGAUUGCACGCACCAUCGAAAUACCCCAGACCCAGAAAGCAAUUGUUGCAGGGCCAGACAGGAACUUCACAAUCGUGCACAACCAGCCCGUCACUGGUCUUGACCCAAACGCCAUCUUGGUCAAAGUCCACGCUGUGGCAUUGAACCCUGUCGACACCAAACUGACUGGUGACUUCGUUACACCCAGGGCCAUCUUUGGUUUCGAUUGUGCCGGAACUGUUGUUGCCGUGGGAUCUGCCGUUCGCAAGCACUGGACCAUCGGAGAGCGAGUAUGUGGAAGCGCUUGUGGUAUGGAUCCUGAGCGACCCUCAGGUGGUGCUUUCGCCGAGUACACACUACUGCCUGGUGAACUGGCUCUGCGCAUUCCCGAUUACAUGUCUUUCGAGACUGCAACCACUCUGCCUACUGCCAUCAACACUACAGUCCUUGCCAUCUUCUGGUCAAUGAACAUUCCGAUGUCAUUGGUUGACAAGCCGGCUGAGAAGUCUUUCCCUAUUCUUGUCUAUGGUGGCAGUACUUCGGUGGGAACGAUGGUGAUUCAGAUUCUCAAGAAGGCUGGCCUUAAGCCAAUCACGACAUGCUCUCCCAAGAACUUUGAAUUUGUCAAGUCCUUCGGCGCCGAGGCCGUCUUUGACUACCACUCGCCGACUUGCGGAGCAGAUAUCAAGAAGUACACCAAGAAUGCCUUGGGAUACGCCAUCGACUGCAUCACCGAGGAGUCGAGCAUGAAGAUCUGCUAUGAAGCCAUUGGACGCGCCGGUGGCCGCUAUAUCGGCAUGGAUCCUUAUCCUGCACACGUUGCAGCCACGCGCAAGCUCGUCAAGUCGGAUUGGAUUGUCGCAUUUCGCAUCACGGGAAUGCCAUGCAAUUGGCCUGCGCCUUUUACCAGCGAGGCAGAUCCAGAAUUGUCAGAGUCGGCGAUCCCGUUCUACAACUCAAUGGAGAAGCUCCUUGCGGAUGGCCAAAUCAAGUCUCAUCCCGCGAGGAUCAGCGACGGCGGGCUCGAGGCUGUUAUUGAUGGCGUGGGCAUUUUGCGUCGCAAGGAGAUCAGCGCGGAGAAACUGGUCUAUACGACUGUUGCGAAAGAGUAG